AUGUCGUCGCCUUCGCUUGCAGACGCGUUCUGGGCAGCACCGCCAAUUGCUAGAACCUUGACUGCUGCCACGAUUGUCCUGUCUAUCAACUUUUGGCUCCUGCCAAUCAUCAACCGCAGCUACUUCAUCUUCUUCCCUCGAGAGAUCUUCAAGCUAUGGGUACCUCAAGUCUGGCGUCUAGUGACAGCCUUUCUCAUUACCAGCCCCAAGCUGGGUUUGAUUCUGGAUCCAUACUUCCUUUUCACAUACUGCAAGGCCUUGGAGGUUGACUCGGGCCGCUUCUCGCAACCAGGCGAUCUGUUCGUUGCUCUGGUCUUCAUCUGUAGUGUCAUCUUGCUCCUCACAGGCUUCAUCUUCGGCGGAGGCUUGCUCUUGAGUCCACUCGUUCUUGCUCUCGCCUAUCUGCAUGUGCAAGAUGCACCUGAUGCCAUGAUGACUUUCUUCUUCUUCAGCAUCCGCCGCAAGUAUCUGCCUGCUUGUAUGUUGUUGGUUACCUUCCUCAUGGGAGGUCCUGAAGCAGCCCUCAUGGAGGCUUUUGGUCUUGUUGCUGCCCAUCUCUAUGACUUCUUGACCAGAAUUUGGCCGUCGUAUGGUGGUGGCACCAACCCAAUCAGCACACCGAGAAUGGUGCAGCAAUGGUUCACUAAGCCUGUUGGUUCAGGCACCACUCGCUCCUACGGUACCGCCUUCCAGACUCGCUCCGCCGGCUCUGUCGGCGCUCAGCCUCAGACCAAUAGUUCACGUAGUAGUGGCUGGACAAGCGGCUUUACCUCCGGUUCUUGGGGAGCCCGUGGACCAGGCAGAAGACUCGGUGGUGAUUAA